AUGCGGUUCUCCUUGCAAGAUCCUGACACUUGGGCUGCACACACAGUUGAUCAAUUCCUGUGGAGGAUUAUCCUCUCCAUCCCCUUCAACACAUGGUCAAUCGAUGUUGUGCUUCUACAAGAGUGGUUCAACUUAUGGGUUUCUACUUGGCAACACAUCCAGACAGCACUUUGGCCAGUAAACAAUACCACAACCCCAGCCAGCCAGCCCAGCACUGCCAACCCCUCCGUUGUCAUUUCUGCUAGUCCAACAAUAGUCUCAGCCCUUGAAUACAGAGAUGGCUUCAAAUGGAGCGAUUCCAAGCAAGAGGAGGACAGCAUGUCUGAUCUGCGGGCCUUAGGAGUCAGUCCUGCUGCAGCUGAGGUGGCACACAACGUGGCAGCCCUCAAGGCAGCAGAGGAGGCGGCAGUGCUUAAAGCAGUAGAGGAGGUGGCUGGGAUCAGGGCAGCAGAGGAGGCAGCUGCAAUCAGGGCAGCAGAGGAAGCAGCAGCCCUCAAGGCAGUAGAGCAGGCAGCAGUGCUCAAGGCAGAAAAAGAAGGUGCCAAGCUGAAGGCAGCAGAAGAGGCAGCAGUGCUCAAGGCAGCAAAGGAAGCCGCUGAAUCGAAGGCAGUAGAAGAGGCAGCAGCACUCAAGGCGGCAAAGGAAGCUGCCAAGAUCAAGGCAGCAGAGGAAGCUGCUGAGCUGAAGGCAGCAGAAGAGGCUGCAGCACUCAAGGCAGCAAAGGAAGCCGCCAAACUGAAGGCAGCACAAGAGGCUGCAGCACUCAAGGCGGCAAAGGAAGCCACCAAAGAUGAAGGCAGCAGAGGAAGCUGCUGUGCUCAAGGCAGCUGA